ACACGCUAGCCCAGAAACAGCCAGGUCUUCUACCAGCCUACUGACAGACAGAGUGCUAACCUUCAGAUAAUUAUCUAUCCAUCCAGUUGCACCCAUCUCUCUUUUUUGUUUGUUUCUCAGUGUGUCAAGUGUGUUUGUGUGUGUGUGCUCUUUGGGUUUGUGUCUAUUUGGACCAUGUGUGAGUGUCUGCGUGGGAUAUUCAGAGUCACCUGGACACCCUCUUCCAAUGCAGACUCUGACAGAGAAUUGGAAGAAAGUCAUGUAUUUACCCAGGCCAGAGAACCAGCCGUGAAAGACAAAAGGCGUUCUCCCCCUUCAGACAGGCCUCCCACUGCCCCCCACACCAACCCUCACCACAGUGCCUCCCCAGAGGACCAGGAGAGCCCAGAGAGAGUGGUUCAGAAAGAGAAACUACAUGCAGAGCUGAAGCAGGUGCUGAGUCUGAAGAGAAGCCACCUGAAAGAGACCUCUCAUUUGGCCCAAGCAGAGAUGGAUUCCUCAACAGAGGCCCAAGCAGUGGAGGAAACUGCAUCUGAGGUGGUGGAGGUUGUGGUGGAGACAGAGGCUGAGGCUGGAGCCAGCGGCUACAGUGUCACAGGUGGAGGGGAGCGAGGCAUCUUCAUUAAGGACGUCCUUAAAGACUCCACUGCAGCAAAGCAUCUUAGCCUCCAGCAAGGAGAUCAGUUGCUCAGUGCAAGAGUCUACUUUGACAAUGUGAAGUAUGAGGAUGCCCUGAAGAUCUUGCAGUGUGCAGAGCCUUAUAAAGUCUCCUUUUUCCUGAAGAGGACCAUCGCUGGCGCUGAUGUCACCAUGCACCCUGGCGCCACCAGCUUGGAACUGAAAGGACCCAAAACCAAGAUGCAGAAUAUGAGUGUCAAGAGCAUCAAACCUUUCAAAGUGAAGAAAAAGAGGGGAGGACGUUUUGGAUUGAAAAGGCUGAAGGAGAACAAGAAAGGGAGCACUGGAGCAGAGUUGGAGAUGGAGGGAUCAUCUUCCAAGGUGGAGCUCAACCCCGCUGACGUGGAGUUUGCCUUCCCCAAGUUCAAGUUGAGGAAGGAUGGGAAGGCAGAGGGAACUGAGCAGCAUGGAGGAGUGGUCGCCACUGGCAGGAAGAAGAGGAUGCUAAGGUGUCCUAAGAUGAAAGCAAAGGGUGCUGAGGAGGCUACAGGAGAAGUUGACAUGACACAACCACAGGGACAGGCAGAUGUCUCCCUGCCAGAUGUGCCUGGAGCUAAAGUCAAAGUCAAAGGAAAGGGCCACAGGUUUGGAAUUCAUUUCCCUAAAACAAAAAAGACAAAAUCGGACACUGCCUUGUCUGGAGGGUCCCUGGAGCUGAAACCUCCUGAUGUCAAAUUCACACCACCCUCAGUGGAAUUCAGUUUGCCAUCUGGAAACAAGGAUGUUGACCUACCGAAACCAGAAGUGAAAGUCAAGGAGGGGUCAAAGUUUAUGCACCGAGAGGUAGAGCUUUCAUUAGGACUCUCCUCAGCCCGUCACUCUGAUGAAAUUGAUGGUGAGAUAAAAGCAAAAGGUUUAGCUGAAGGAGUUGAAGGGUCAACAGGCCUGUCUGGCAUUAAAAUGCCAGCUAUUGACAUCUCUGCACCCAACAUCGAUCUACAGCUGGACACCCGACAUAGAGUGCCAGACGAGAUAGAGGGACCCUUUUUUAAAGGGUCAAAUAUAUCCAUGCCCAAAAUGGACAUCUCAUUACCAAAGAUUGGCUCAUCUGAAAUGGAUAUUGAAGGUCCAGAAAAGGGUGGAAAAAGUAGCAUACCAACUGUUGACAUUUCACUGCCAAAGAUGACAUCAGGAGAAGCCAAUGUUGAUGUGGAAGGACACAUUGGAAAGGGAGGCAAGUUCAAAAUGCCAACUUUCAAUGUUUCUCUUCCACAAUUCAAGUCCUCAGAGGAGGACAUGAAUAUAGAGGGGCCUGAAGUCAAAGGGGAGUUCAACAUGCCAAAAGUUGACCUUUUACGCCCAAAAGGUAAAGCAGGGGGUGAGGUGGACAUUGAAGGAUAUUUAGGAAAAGGAGGUACAUUUCAGCUGCCCACAUUUGACAUUUCUCUACCAAAAAUGAAGUCAUCAGACAGAGAAAUUAAUGUAGAAGGACCUGAAGUGAAGGGUGGCAAAAUUCAAAUGCCCUCUAUUGACAUACCUCUCCCUAAAGGAAAAACAGAGGGGAAUAUUAACAUUGAGGGACAUUCUGGAAAAGGAGCCAAGUUCAAAAUGCCCUCAUGUGACAUUUCUCUUCCUAAAAUGAAGGGUGAUGCCAGUUUAGAGGGACCUGAAUUGAAAGGGGAAAAGUUUGAAAUGCCCACACUUGAUAUUUCCCUUGCCAAAGGAAAAGCAGAGGGUGAAGUCAAUAUUGAUGCAAAUGUAGGAAAAGAAGGAACGUUCAAAAUGCCCACAUUUGAUAUCUCUCCUCCAAAAAUGAGGUCGUCAGGAACAGAAGUCGAUGUAGGAGGGCCUGAAGUAAAAGGAGGAAACUUCCACAUGCCACAAGUAGACAUUUCACUUCCCAAAGAAAAUUCUGGAAAAAGAGGGACGUUUCAAAUGUCCUCAUUUGAUGUCUCGCUUCCAAAAAUAAAGUCACCAGAGGGUGACAUAAAAAUAGAAGGAUCUGAUGUGAAAGGCAGCACAUUUCAUAUGCCCACUAUAGAUUGUUCACUUCCAAAAGGAAACACAGAAGGGGACAUCAGUGUUGAAGGAGAUGCAUCUAAAGGCAGAAAGUUUCACAUGCCUUCACUUGACAUUUCUCCUCCAAAAGUGAAGUUACCAGAAGGUAAAGCCAAAGUAGAAGGCCCUGAAAUGAAAGGUGGAAAGGUUGAGAUGCCAAAUAUUGAUGUUUCCCUUCCAAAAGGCAAAACAGCGGGAGAAGUUAACAUUGAAGGCCAUGUCAGUAAAGGGGGCAAGUUUAAGAUGCCCAAAUUCGGCAUUUCUUUCCCGAAAUUGAAGUCACCAGAGGGUAAGGUCAACAUAGAAGGGAAGGUUCACAUGCCUACAAUUGACAUUUCACUACCAAAAGGAAAAGCGGAAGGUGACAUCAAUGUUGAAAGAGAUUCUGAAGCAGGAGGCAAAUUUCAUAUGCCUACAUGUGACAUUUCCCUUCCAAAAAUGAAGUCACCAGAAUCAGAUAUCAGUUUAGAAGGACCAGAAGUCCAAGGAGGAAAGUUUCAUAUGCCAACAAUUGACCUUUCCCUUCCCAAGGGAAAGGGAGAAAUUGACACUGAAGGACAUUCUGGAAAAGGAGGCAAGUUCCAAAUGCCAGAAUUCGAUAUAUCACUUCCAAAAAUGAAGACACCAGAAGCUGAAGUCAGCCUAGAAGGCCCUGAAGUCAAAGGGGAGAACAUUAAUAUGCCAACGAUGAACAUUUCUCUUCCAAAAGGAAAAAUGGAAGGUGAAGCUAAGGGACAUGCAAGCAAAGGGGGCAAGUUUCACAUGCCCUCAAUUGACAUUUCUCUUCCAAAAAUGAAGUUGCCUGAAGGUGAAGUCAAAGUAGAAGGCCCCGAAGCCAAAGGGAGAAAGAUUGUAAUGCCAUCGACUGAUAUUUCACUUCCCAAAGGAAAAAUGGAGAGGGAAAUUGACAUUGAAGGUCAUUCUGGAAAAGGAGGAAGAUUUCAUAUGCCUACAUUCGACGUUUCCCUUCCAAAGAUGAAGUCACUAGAAGCAGAUGUCAGUUUAGAAGGACCGGACGUCAAAGGAGGAAAGUUUCAUAUGCCAACAAUGGACUUUUCCCUUCCCAAGGGAAAGGGUGAGAUUGACACUGAAGGACAUUCUGGAAAAGGAGGCAAGUUCCAAAUGCCAACAUUGGAUAUAUCACUUCCAAAAAUGAAGACACCAGAAGGUGAAGUCAUCCUAGAAGGCCCUGAGGUAAAAAGUGGGAAGUUUGAAAUGCCAAAGAUUGAUAUUUCACUUCCAAAAGGAAAAACAGAAGGGGAAAUAGACAUUGAAGGGCAUUUGGGGAAAAAAGGAAAGUUUCACAUGCCCACAUUCGACAUGUCUUUACCAAAAAUGAAGUCAAAUGAUGGUGACAUCAAAUUAGAGGGGCCAGAAGUGAAAGAUGGUAAAAUACAUAUGCCUGCCAUUUACAUUUCUCUUCCAAAGGGGAAGGCAGAAAGUGAUCUUGAGGUUGAGGGGCAUGGUGGCAAGGGGGGGGGGGAGUUUCACAUGCCCUCACUUGACAUUUCACAUCCAGAAAUUAAGUUACCUGAGUGUGAAGUCAAAGUAGAAGGCCCCGAAGCCAAAGGUGGAAAGUUUGAAAUUCAAAAAAUGGAUAUUUCACUUCCAAAAGGAAAAGCAGAGGGAGAAAUUGACAUUGAAGGAUAUUCUGGAAAAGGAGGACGAUUUCAUAUGCCCAAGUUUGAUGUAUCGCUACCAAAAAUGAAGCUCCCAGAGGGUGACGUCAAACUAGAGGGACCGGAAGGGAAAGACAGCAAAAUACAUAUACCUAACAUUGACAUUUCUCUUCCCAAAGGGAAAACUGAAAGAGAUCUUGAGGUUGAGGGACAUGCAAGCAAAGGGGGCAAGUUUCACAUGCCCUCAAUUGACAUUUCUCUUCCAAAAAUGAAGUUGCCUGAAGGUGAAGUCAAAGUAGAAGGCCCCGAAGCCAAAGGGAGAAAGAUUGAAAUGCCAUCGACUGAUAUUUCACAUCCCAAAGGAAAAAUUGAGAGGGAAAUUGAUAUUGAAGGACAGUCUGGAAAAGGAGGACGAUUUCAUAUGCCAACAUUCAACGUUUCCCUUCCAAAGAUUAAGUCACCAGAACCAGAUGUCAGUUUAGAAGGACCAGACGUCAAAGGAGGAAAGUUUCAUAUACCAAAAAUGGACUUUUCCCUUCCCAAGGGAAAGGGUGAGAUUGACACUGAAGGACAUUCUUUAAAAGGAGGCAAGUUCCAAAUGCCAGCAUUGGAUAUAUCGCUUCCAAAAAUGAAGACACCAGAAGGACAAGUCAGCCUAGAAGGCCCUGAGGUGAAAGGUGGAACGUUUGAAAUGCCAAAGAUUGAUAUUUCACUUCCAAAAGAAAAAACAGAAGUGGAAAUAGACAUUGAAGGACAUUCGGGGGGAAAAGGAAAGUUUCACAUGCCCACAAUUGACAUGUCCUUACCAAAAAUGAAGUCAAAAGAUGGUGACAUUAAAUUAGAGGGUCCAGACGUGAAAGGCAGUAAAAUACAUAUGCCUAACAUUGACAUUUCUCUUCCAAAGGUGAAGGCAGAAAGUGAUACUGAGGUUGAGGGGCAUGGUGGGAAAGGAAGAAAGUUUCACAUGCCCUCAUUUGAUAUUUCUCUUCCAAAAAUUAAGUUACCUGAGGGUGAAGUCAAAGUUGAAGGCCCUGAAGCCAAAGGUGGAACGUUUGAAAUUCCAACAAUUGAUAUUUCACUUCCAAAAGGAAAAGCAGAGGGAGAAACUGACAUUGAAGGACAUACUGGAAAAGGAGGAAAGUUUCAUAUGCCCUCAUUUGAUGUGUCACUACCAAAGAUGAAGCACCCAGAGGGUGAUGUCAAAGAAGGCCUUGAAGUCAAAGGGGGGAAGUUUGAAAUGCCCAAAAUUGAAGCAGAGGGUAGGAGUGGAGUCAAGUUACCAACUGUUAAACUGCCAACAGUAGACAUAUCUGCACCGAAGGUUGACUUAGACUUUGGGCUGUCAAAAGCUAAAGAAAAUGAUAGGGAAGAGAUGGAGCUACUAAAAGCAGAAGGUGGUAGGCCAUCCUCUGGGUCAAGUUUUGACAUGCCAGAUGUCUCUCUCAAAAUGCCAAGAUUUUCUCUCCCUAAAUUUGGUAGAAAGUCUAGUGGAGAUGUAAACCUAGAAGGAUAUGGCACAGAGGCUGAUAUUGAUAUUAGCCCCCCACGAGUGGAUGGUGAGGACAGACCAGCAUCAAUGGAAAUAGGCGGAGAUGGAAAAAUAAAAGGUAAACUAAAAAAGCCCAAAAUGAAAAUGCCAACAUUUGGAAUAUCUAAGAAAGAUGUAUCAAUAGCCAGCCCUGAUGUAGAAAUCAAGGCAAAAAAGGGGAAAGUGGACAUUCCAAAGCCAGGGAUCAGUGUAGAAAAUCCAGAGGACAAAACAAAUAGAAAAUAUAGACUAAAAUUCCCAAAGUUUAAGAAGUCAUCUCCUAAAGGUAAACUACCAGAGGGAGAGAUAGAUGCCUCAUUGGAUAGUGGAAUGGAAGGGAAAGGUGGCUUUCAUGCACCCGAUGUUACAAUCAAAAUGCCCAAGUUCUCCAUGCCAGGGUUUGGCUCAAAGGAGACAGACUUUGACAGGAGUGGGCCCAGUGCUGAACUAGAUACCAAAGGAAAGGUCCGAAUGCCAUCAGUGGAGAUAUCCUUGCCAGCUGCCAAGACAUCUGAGCGAGAAGUGUUACUCCCAAAGGCUGAGGUGGAUGUAUCUGAGGCUGACAUCAGAGGUUAUGAAGGAAACCUGAAAAUCCCUAAAAUGCCAACUAUUGAUGUAUCAGCACCCAAAAUUGAUCUAGAUGUAACUCUGCCUAAAGUCAAGCAUGAAACAGAAAUUGAGGGGGAGGGGGGCAAAUUUAAGAUGCCAAACAUCAAAAUGCCUGAUAUAGAUUUAUCACUUCCUAAAGGAAAAAUUGGUGACAUUGAUGCAUCCAAAGUGGAAAUUGAGGGAGGGGGUGGAAAAUUCAAGAUGCCUGGCAUUAAAAUGCCAAAGGUAGACAUAUCACUUCCAAAAGGAAAACAUAGAGAAAUGGAUGUAUCCAAGGUGGAAAUUGAAGGAGAAGGUGGAAAAUUAAAGAUGCCACAUAUGAAAAUGCCAAAUGUUGAUAUAUCACUUCCCAAAGGAAAAAGUGGAGGGAUUGAAGGACCAGAGAUAGACAUUGAAGGAGGGGGCGGAAAAUUCAAAAUGCCACAUAUGAAAAUGCCAAAUGUUGAUGUAUCACUUCCCAAAGGAAAAAGUGGAGAGAUUGAAGGACCACAUAUGGAAAUUGAAGAAGGGGGUGGAAAAUGUACGAUGCCACAUAUGAAAAUGCCAAAUGUUGAUAUAUCACUUCCCAAAGGAAAAACUGGAGAGAUUGAAAGCCCAGACAUGGAAAUUCAGGGAGAGGGAGGAAAAUGUAAGAUGCCACAUAUGAAAAUACCAAAGGUAGACUUAUCAAUUCCGAAGGGAAGGUCUGGAGACAUCAGUGCACCAGAAAUUGAAAUGGAAGGAGGAAAAUUCAAGAGGCCACAUAUGAAAAUGCCACAUUUUCAUAUAUCACUUCCCAAAGGAAAAAGUGGAGAAAUUGAAGGACCAGAGAUGGAAAUUAAAGGAGGGGGAGGAGAAUUCAAGAUGCCACAUAUGAAAAUGCCAAAUAUUGGUAUAUCACUUCCCAAAGGAAAAAGUGGAGACAUUGAAGGACCAGACAUGGAAAUUGAAAGAGGUGGAAAAUUCAAGAUGCCACAUAUUAAAAUGGCAAAUGUAGAUAUAUCACAUCCAAAAGGAAAACCUGGAGACAUCAGUGCACCAGAAAUUGAAAUGGAAGGAGAAGGUGGAAAAUUACAGAUGCCACAUAUGAAAAUGCCAAAUGUUGAUAUAUCACUUCCAAAAGAAAAAACUGGUGAUGUUAAUGCACCUGAAUUGGAAAUUGAGGGAGAGGUAGGAAAAUUCAAGAUGCCACAUAUGAAAAUGCCAAAUAUUGGUAUAUCACUUCACAAAGGAAAAAGUGGAGAGAUUGAAGGACCAGACAUGGAAAUUGAAAGAGGAGGUGGAAAAUUGAAGAUGCCAUAUAUGAAAAUGCCAAAUAUUGAUAUAUCACUUCCAAAAGGAAAAACAGGAGAGAUUGAAGGACCAGAAAUGGAAAUUCAUGGAGAGGGAGGAAAAUUCAAUAUGCCACAAAUUCAAAUGCCAAAGGUAGACUUAUCAAUUCCCAAGGGAAAGUCUGGAAACAUCAGUGCACCAGAAAUGGAAAUGGAAGGAGGAAAAUUCAAGAUGCCACAUAUUAAAAUGCCAAAUGUUGAUAUAUCACUUCCAAAAGGAAAAACUGGAGACAUCAAUGCACCAGAAAUUGAAAUGGAAGGAGAAGGUGAAAAAUCCAAGAUGCCACAUAUUAAAAUGCCAAAUGUUGAUAUAUCACUUCCCAAAGGAAAAAGUGGAGAGAUUGAAAGACCAGACAUGGAAAUUCAGGGAGGGGGUGGAAAACUGAAGAUGCCACAUAUGAAAAUACCAAAGGUAGACUUAUCAAUUCCAAAGAGAAAGUCUGGAGACAUCAGUGCACCAGAAAUUGAAAUUGAAGGAGAAGGAGGAACAUUCAAGAUGCCACAUAUGAAAAUGCCAAAUAUUGGUAUAUCACUUCACAAAGGAAAAAGUGGAGAGAUUGAAGGACCAGACAUGGAAAUUGAAAGAGGAGGUCGAAAAUUGAAGAUGCCAUAUAUGAAAAUGCCAAAUAUUGAUAUAUCACUUCCAAAAGGAAAAACUGGAGAGAUUGAAGGACCAGAAAUGGAAAUUCAUGGAGAGGGAGGAAAAUUCAAUAUGCCACAAAUUCAAAUGCCAAAGGUAGACUCAUCAAUUCCGAAGGGAAAGUCUGGAAACAUCAGUGCACCAGAAAUGGAAAUGGAAGGAGGAAAAUUCAAGAUGCCACAUAUGAAAAUGCCAAAUAUUGGUAUAUCACUUCCCAAAGGAAAAAGUGGAGACAUUGAAGGACCAGACAUGGAAAUUGAAAGAGGAGGAGGAAAAUUCAAGAUGCCACAUAUUAAAAUGCCAAAUGUUGAUAUAUCACUUCCAAAAGGAAAAACUGGAGACAUCAAUGCACCAGAAAUUGAAAUGGAAGGAGAAGGUGAAAAAUCCAAGAUGCCACAUAUUAAAAUGCCAAAUGUUGAUAUAUCACUUCCCAAAGGAAAAAGUGGAGAGAUUGAAAGACCAGACAUGGAAAUUCAGGGAGGGGGUGGAAAACUGAAGAUGCCACAUAUGAAAAUACCAAAGGUAGACUUAUCAAUUCCAAAGAGAAAGUCUGGAGACAUCAGUGCACCAGAAAUUGAAAUUGAAGGAGAAGGAGGAACAUUCAAGAUGCCACAUAUGAAAAUGCCAAAUAUUGAUAUAUCACUUCCAAAAGGAAAAACUGGUGAUGUUAAUGCACCUAAUUUGGAAAUUGAGGGAGAGGGAGGAAAAUUCAAGAUGCCACAUAUGAAAAUGCCAAACAUUGAUAUAUCACUUCCCAAAGGAAAAAGUGGAGAGAUUGAAGGACCAGAGAUGGAAAUUGAAGGAGGGGGCGGAAAAUUGAAGAUGCCAAAGGUAGACAUAUCACUUUCGAAAGGAAAGUCUGGAGAAAUUAGAGCACAAGAAAUGGAAGUCGAAGGAGGAAAAUUCAAGAUGCCACAUACGAAAGUGCCAAAUAUUAAUAUAUCACUUCCCAAAGGACAAAGUGUAGAAAUUGAAGGACCACAUAUGGAAAUUGAAGGAGGAGGUGGAAAAUGUAAGAUGCCACAUAUGAAAAUGCCAAAUGUUGAUAUAUCACUUCCCAAAGGAAAAAGUGUAGACAUUGAAGGUCCAGACAUGGAAAUUCAGGGAGAGGGUGGAAAACUGAAGAUGCCACAUAUGAAAAUACCAAAGGUAGACUUAUCAAUUCCAAAGAGAAAGUCUGGAGACAUCAGUGCACCAGAAAUUGAAAUGGAAGGAGAAGGAGGAAUAUUCAAGAUGCCACAUAUGAAAAUGCCAAAUAUUGAUAUAUCAUUUCCAAAAGGAAAAACUGGUGAUGUUAAUGCACCUAAUUUGGAAAUUGAGGGAGAGGGAGGAAAAUUCAAGAUGCCACAUAUGAAAAUGCCAAACAUUGAUAUAUCACUUCCCAAAGGAAAAAGUGGAGAGAUUGAAGGACCAGAGAUGGAAAUUGAAGGAGUGGGCGGAAAAUUGAAGAUGCCACAUAUGAAAAUGCCAAAUAUUGAUAUAUCACUUCCAAAAGGAAAAACUGGGGAUGUUAAUGCACCUAAUUUGGAAAUUGAGGGAGAGGGAGGAAAAUUCAAGAUGCCACAUAUGACAAUACCAAAUAUUGGUAUAUCACUUCCAAGAGGAAAAACUGGAGAGAUUGAAGCACCAGAGAUGGAAAUUCAGGCAGAGGGAGGAAAAUUCAAAAUGCCAAAGGUAGACAUUUCACUUUCGAAAGGAAAGUCUGGAGAAAUUAGAGCACCAGAAAUGGAAGUCGAAGGAGGAAAAUUCAAGAUGCCACAUACGAAAAUGCCAAAGGUAGACAUAUCACUUCCAAAAGGAAAAACUGGAGAUGUUAAUGCACCUGAAUUGGAAAUUGAAGAUGAGGGUGGAAGAUAUAAGAUGCCAGAAAUCAUACUGCCAAAGAUAGAUAUUACAAUGCGUGGUGGAAAAUCUGGUGACAUUGAUGCUGAAAUCAAACAGCCCAACGCUGAGGCAGAAGGAAAGAUUAAAAUGCCUUCGAUUGGUUUACCAAAGUUUACAACUCCCGACCUUGAUUUGGACAUGAAUGUUGGAAAACCCAACCAUGGAGCUGAGGUUCAUGGGAAAAGUUCAGACAAAACUGGUUCACAUUCAGAGGGAGACCAUAAGAUGAAAAUUAAAAUGCCAACAAUAGACAUAGAGUGCCCAAAAGGAGAUCUGGAGCUGGAUAUAGGCUUCCACAAAGCUGAGGGAAAGAAGGACAGAAAAAGAAUAGAGUUGCCUGACUUAGACCUUAAAACUUCUGGUACCAAAGUUAAGGGGCCAAAAGUCAAAGGCACGAAAUUCAAAAUUGGAAUGCCAAAAAUGAAGCACACUGGAGAUCAAGCAUUAGAUGCAGCCACAAAUAAAACUGGGAAAGAGAAGGAAGGGGUCAGUGGUAGAUGUAUGAUUAUGAAGACAAAGCUUGGCAAAGGUGCAGAUGUGGAGGCAGAUGCGGAGCCAGGUGGUUCUGUGUUGCCAAACAUCUCCCUCCCAGAUGUGGGCUUCUCAGUAUCUAAAGGAGCCAGUCAAGAGGGUGAACUUCAUGGUCCAGAGAUUAGUGCUAAAUUGCCCAAAUUCAAACUCCCUAAUGUGGAGAGCUCAGGUCCUUCAGUAACAGGCCAAGGAGGAGCACAAAUCAACAGCGGACAACAAGAAGACAAAGGUGGUAUCAAGUUUCAAAUGCCAAAGGUUACUCUACCCUCUGUGGGGCUGAAGAGCAAACAAGACUCUGCCGAGCCCACUGGCACAGAUGCCAGCAUAGAGAAUAGAUUCACAUUACCUAAUCUUGGAAUCAAAGCCCCCAAAAUAUCAGAAAUAGACUUUGAUAUUGGAGCAUCUCAAGCUGGGGACCAUGGGGUAGAUACAGGUACAAGACAAAAAAUCAAAAUACCCAGGUUUGGGGUGGCUUUACCUGCUAUUUCUUCACCUGAAGCUAGAGUACAUUUGAAGGACCCAGAGGUUGAGAAUGAAGGCCCUAAAAUGCCCAAAGUUAAAAAAGCUGUAUUUGUUUUGGUGAAUCCCAAAACAGACCACUCCACUAUGUCCACUAUAUGGGAAGCAAAUGUAGAGUCUGGAGAGGCAAAAAUCAAAAUGCCAAAGAUCAAAAUGAAGCCGUCGUUUGGAAAGUCAGAAUCCAAGGAAAAGAGUGCUGCUUUGAGCAUUGAAGGAGAUGUGGAUGGAGAAGACAAGUCAAAGGUUGCAAAGCUAAAAAUGCCCAAAGUCACCUUCUCUCCAGGCAAAACAGGUUCAUUUGAUGUAACCCUAAAAGGGGAGGAGUCUAGUUCCAGCCUCAAUGGUGAGAAGGAUCCAACAUUCCAGAAUGGAUCCAAGGAGGAUAAAGCUAAGUUUGGGAAGCUCAAGCUUCCAAAGAUAGAGUUCUCCUCACCAUAUUCAAAAAUAGGCAGUGGAGAAGAGGACCUUGAAAUGAGCACUAAGCUUGUCAAGGAGUCCUCAGGAACUGACGGAGAAACCAAGGGGGUGAAAGUGAAAUCAGGCAAAAUGUCCUUCUCGGGAUUUAAGAAGAAGACCACAAAAGGAGAGGAGGAAAUUCAAGACAAUGUGGUGUCCUCUUCGGUCAGGACAGAAAUGCUAGAUCGGGAUAGUUCAGAAUCACCAACGCCCAUGGUUUCCAUUGGCCUUGUACCAGGAAAGUCUAGGGGGCAGGCAGAGGCUGAGAGUAGCAAGAUGGAGAUGGAAGGAGAGCAGUCGACCUGGUUCAAGGCCCCCAAAUUCAACCUGAAACCCCACUCAACAGGAAUCCUCCACAUUACACCAGAAGGUUCUCCCCAGGGCAGCAGAUCCUCGCUCCAGUGCCAGGGUGUAGAUGAAACUGCUGGUACCUUCCGGCUCCAGAUGCCUAGCAUGGGGUUCUCCACCCAGGAGGUGUCUGAGGAGAAUGUAACCACAACAAAGGAGGGAACCGUAACCGUGGUGACAAAGACGACAAAACAUACGGUAACAGAGUCCAGAACUGGUCAAACCCACACAUCGCUAUCCCAUUGUAAUUACUGAAGUCCGAAGAGUAAUAUAUUUUUCCUCUGUCCUGAUGUGACGUUUGUUUUUGUAACUGUUCCUCCACGUUUUUUUUUCUAUUUUAGUCUUUAUCAACUUUGAUAGUUUUACUGGUUUAAAUCUGAAUGUCAAUUCCUUAUGUGUUGUUGUUCAUAUCUUUUUUUUGCAAAAAUACCACACAUUUUAAUUUCUGAAAGGAAAUGUCUAUUUUCAAUGCCUUCCCAUUUUAUUUACAGACAUUUACUUGGGCAUGAUUGUAGAAUUAGACUGACAAAGAACACAAACCAAUUUACCAAAAGCAAUUUAUAUGUAAAUACAUUGAUAUGUUGCCUGCUUUCAGCAGUAACCCUUAAUGAAACAUGUAAUUAUUUUCAUAUUACUGAUGAUAGGAAUAGUAAUAAGGAUAUUAGUGAUUUGUGUUAAUGUAUCUGAGGCUUGAGGAUGGUGUGAGAUUUGUGGUUUUAUCAUUGACUUCCUUAAGCUUGUUUUUUCUUUCUGAUUUUUGUAAUUAUACCAUACAUUGAAAUGUAAGAUUAAAGGCUUCUACAAUGCAAUACAUUUCAACACUCUCUAUGGGAAUCAAGAUAAGUAGACAAAACCUAAAAUAAUAGGAAACUAUCAUCUGAUAUUAAGCCAUGGUUUAAAGAAACAGAAUGUCCUCUCUUUAAUUGAAAUAUUUCAAAAUGAA